AUGGACUCCAAGACUCAACACUCGCAAUUCCACGGGGCGCGAACGCUUCGGCAAAUGGGCCUCAAUAGGAGAACCUGUACCCUCAUCCUGCGGUCCUGGUACGCGUCUCCGACAGCUGGCGUCCCAGACGGUCUCCUGAGAGAGGUACUAAUCUUCAUCGCUCAGUUAAACGAGUACGAGGACGACAUGCCCCCCCGUCCUGUUUUUGACGGCUCGACAGGUAAAAAGGGGCCCCCGCGAUCUCAGUGGGAUAGCAUAUUCGCUGAAGUCUUAACACUCAGGACCCGAGCCAUCCUCCGAGAGAUCGGCGUCUACGAUGCGCCUGACUGGGUAGAAGCCAAGUAUAUCGUAGGCAGGAUGCUCCGGAGAAACUGGGCCACUUUCACUGGGCUCAAGGACGCUGAUGAUCUGGAAAUGACAAUUCCGAGAGGCAUUCUGUAUCGCUGCAUAAGAUCUAUAUUUUUAUGGCGGGAACGGACGUUGGCUGCCUACGAGAGAAUUAUCCAGAGCCUCCGUGCGAAGAAGAGAGAUUUUGUACGUACGGAGGCAACUAAAAAGGAUGGUUAGCACUAUGUGCUAUCGUGGACGUAACCGAUGGAAAGCAGCCCCUGGUAGACUGUUUGCUUUCUUCUCCUUUCUUUUUCUUAUUUUUCUUCUUAUUUUUCUUCUUGUUCUUGUUCUUGUAUUUGUUUUAGAACUAUUUGCUUUUUUUGUCGAC